AUGCCGCAGCAACCACAGCAAUCGAGCGCGCCUCCGCAGCAAGCGAGCUAUCUCCCACCACCCUCGAAUACUGGCAGUCUUGACCUGAGUGGCAUCAAGCCUGUGAGCAGCGGCUCGGUCAGCAUUGCAGACGCGAUUGCCAAAGCGCGUGGCAUUGCCGAGAACCGUGGCAUUCAAGGUUACGACCCGCGACAACAGUCAGAUCCUCGUCUGGUUGGAAGACGUGGUCCACCUCCACACGAUUCACGCUCUCGUUCACGUUCUCCUCCUCGACGCGACGCUUACGGCGGAAACCCAUACCGUGAUGAACGGCGCGAAGAUCCACGUCGGGGAAGCUACCGACGGUCGCCAUCGCAGGAUCACGGCUAUGGCGGUCGCAGAGAGCAACCCAUGAACAAUCGCAAUAAUAAUAGCGAAGGCGAGACCGAGACCAUCCGCGUCAAGUCUGGCCUGGUCGGACUCAUCAUUGGCCGUAACGGUGAGAAUCUGCGCAAGGUAGAAUCUGAAACCGGCGCCCGUGUGCAAUUCAUCCAGGCCAAGGAUUCGCACGUUGCGGAGAGACAAUGCACAAUUUCUGGUUCCACGCGGUCAAGGGAAGCUGCGAAAGCCGCGAUCUUCCAAAUCAUCGAGGACAAUGGCGGCACUCCUGCUGCUCAGGAGAAGGGUGCAUACACUCCUGGAAUGCCAGGCAGAGCCAAAGUGAACCUUCCAGCACUCCGAGAAGGUGAAGCUAGCACGCAGAUCAUGGUGCCUGACAAGACUGUCGGUUUGAUUAUUGGGCGAGGCGGCGAGACCAUCAAGGACCUUCAGGAGCGAUCAGGAUGCCAUGUGAACAUCGUCGGUGAAAACAAGAGCGUCAAUGGCCUGCGACCUGUCAAUCUGAUUGGCAGCGAGCGCGCCACAGCUGUCGCAAAGGAACUAAUUCUCGAGAUCGUAGAGUCUGACAGCCGCGGACAGUCCGGUGGCGGAGCGAAUGCCACUGCCAGCAUGCGCGACCGUGGCUAUGACAACCACCAAGGCCAAGGCAACCACGCCAGAAAUGGCGGAGGCGGCGGCCGUGGUGGCGGAGGUGAUGUUAUUGAAAAGACUAUACGUGUCCCCUCGGAAGCCGUGGGCAUGAUCAUUGGCAAAGGUGGCGAGACGAUCAAGGAUAUGCAGCGCACCAGCGGCUGCAAGAUCAACGUCAACCAACCUAAGCCACCGGAUGUGACUCGUGCCAUCGACCUCGCAGGAUCCGCUCGUGCCAUGGAAGAGGCAGAGCGUAUCAUCUGGGAGAAGGUUGAGACUGUGCGCCAACGUGAUGCUGCUGCCGGACGCGGCGGGCAUGGUGGUGGUGGUGGUGGUGGUGGUGGCGGCGGUGGCCAUGACCGUGGAGCAUCGCAUAAUGACGCGUAUGCGCAGUGGUAUGCGCAAUGGUAUGCCCAAAUGGCCGGCGGUGGCGGCGGCGCUCCCGGAACGCAGUAA